AUGAUGAAAAAAUCAACGCGCCAAACGCGAAUGUCUCGGUACGUGGGUAAGCAUUCUCCAAAGAUCGCGACUCCGGAUGAAGGCAACAAUAAUGUCAACAUCAGUAGCAAAGGUACCAUCCCAACAUCUGUGAAGAUAGCGAGUGGCGACGAAGAAAUGGCUUUGAUGGAACUUCCUUCGUUCAUCGUGGAAAAACCGAUCAAUUACGACGACACAUCUGCCGACUGUGAGGAGGAGGAUGAUAAGUCGGAUGUGAAGAAGCUAGUCAAUGCCACCGAUGACGCCGGCGAGGAAGGCGAUGGUGCUGAGUCUGGAAGUGGAACCGAUGCAACUUUAUCCUCUGCUGGUGGGUCAUCAUCGCAGAAGCGCGGUCGAAAGCGCCAAGAACGGAAAUUGUAUCAAUGCGAAGUUUGCCAAAAGGAGUUUAUGGGCACGAACGAUUUGCGCAAACAUUUGCGUAUACAUAAUGAUGAACGACCGUACCCAUGCCCGCACUGCAAGAACCGCUUCCGGCAGGCAGGAUGCCUAAAGAACCACAUUGCUUCACAGCACGGCACGGAUGAGCAGUAUACUUGCGAUCUUUGUGGCAAAUCGUUUCCGAUUAAGGAGCGGCUACGUUUGCAUAUGCGCAUUCACACGGGCGAAAAACCGUACAGUUGCUCGCUUUGCCCGAAAACGUUUGCACGUGGUGGACAGUUAACGCAACAUCUUGCUACACACAAUGGGGUAAAGAAGCACAAAUGUGACCAGUGCACAGCAGCAUUCUCUUGCGCGGCUAACCUGAAAAUGCACCUUAAAAGCCACAUGGACAUUCGAGACUACACGUGUCAUAUUUGCGGUCGAGGAUUCUAUCGACCGGAUGCGCUGAAAAAACAUCUUCUGUGCUAUCAUGCUAAUCUGAAAGCGUUUCACUGCAACAUAUGUAACAAAAUGUUCAAAGGACACUUGCCGCAGCACAUGCGGACGCAUCUGAAGGUGCGUCCGCACGGUUGUGCUGUGUGUGGUUCGGUUUUCUCGCAACGGUCGCAACUUAUCGUUCACCAGCGCAUUCAUAGUGGUGAACGGCCAUAUCGCUGUCAAGUUUGCUGGCAGGCGUUCGCCCACUCAAGUGUUCUUAAGUUACACAUUCGUAAACAUACAGGCGAGAAACCGUUUGAAUGUCCGCUUUGUAGCUCGAGUUUUUCACAGCUACCACAUUUGAAGAAGCACAUGCUCUCUAUUCACCAACAGGACAAAUCGUACUUAUGUCAAAAGUGCAAGGAAUUUUUCAAGACCAAAAUGGACUAUCAACUACACGUUACAGCGUGCUAUAAAGAUCCGGCAGCAGUAAAAAAUCUCGACAAUAUGCUGGACCCCAUGUAUCGACCGACGGAAACUAACGGCAUUGAUCCCCCCAUGACCAUUUCACGCAUGCGGUUUUUGGUGGCAAUUUUGCUGAAGAAAAUAUCCAGCGAGGAUCGACUGAAGGAGCUGGGCUUCGAUAAGCGAUUGAUUGACAACGUUCUAAUCGGUUCCCUAAAGUGUGCAGGGCGCAAGGUCUGCGAUGACAAGUCAUAUGAUCCGCUAGAACGAUUGAAGCUGAACGUACAGGAACUACUUGAAUGGACCGUACCAACAAACUAUAUGGAAGAAUUUCGCGGUGCCAAUCGUAGCACUGAAGAGCUCCUAGAAGAACUCACCAACUAAGAUCGUCAAUUUGAUCGAUCAUUGGCUUUUACCGG